CGCAAGGCGUGGUGGAAGACCGGUGUAAUCCGGGACUGGGACGCGCGGGUUGCCAUCAAGGCCUUUUUGCCGGGUCGCCCUGAGCCAACUCGCCGUAUAAAACGCCCCUCUCAUCGGCUUCUAGGAGCACUGUUGCGCUUCCCGCUGCCUAAGAAUCCAUUAUUCCCUCAACAUGUUCGCCACAGUCAUUAUUCUGUUGGGCAUCAUUAUCAGUGUCUCUUGCCAAACUCCUCAUUACCAAUCGCCGCAUCAUGCGGCGAUUUUGAGCGACGCGCGUUAUCUCGCGGGUGAUGGCACAUUCGGUGCCGCUUACUCUCAAGAAGAUGGAGUGGAAUUUAAGGAGGAGAGUGACGUAGACGGCAAUCGACGUGGAUCGUACUCGUACAUCGAUCCAACUGGGCAAAGGCGUACUGUGAUUUACACGGCGGGAAAAAACGGAUUCCAAGCAAUCGGGGAUCAUAUUCCCAGCGCACCCCCGCAGGUGCCACCGCAGCCAGAAUACGUACCACUGGCGCAGUAUAAUCCGCCGGAUUAUCAACCCCCGAGUUACGCACCGCCACCCCCUCAGCAGUAUCCGCGACGCUACCAACUGGAUUACGAACCACAACCUGUCGUUUAUCAACCGCAGCUGCCUGAACCUCCGCCGCAGCUUGAACCGCAGCUUCAACCACAGUACAAAUACCGACCGCAGCCUGAACCGCAGCUGCAACCACAGUACAAGUACCGACCGCAGCCACCGCCUCGCUAUCAUUAUCCCCCGGAAUUGCAGAGCAUACCCUCGUACGCGCCACCGCCGCCGCCGUCGCGGCCACGCUAUCAACCUAAUCAACCUCAUCUUCGCCCCGUCGCGCCGCAAUACAACGCGAUAACAACAUCAACCACGGCGCCUCGGAAUUUUUAUCCGCCAGGAAAGCUCGACUUCAAUCGAACCCCCGAUGGCUUCUCUUAUACGUUCAGCAAAAGUUGAGUGCCACGCGAGUUUACGAUGUGAAAAAUGGUAACAAAUCCGCCGAAUUAAAAAAGAAAAUCCAAGUUUCGAAAUAAAAAUGUGGUUGAGUGUUAAAAAAUAAAAUAACAGAAUUUUAUGUGUAAAAAGGUAUCGUAUUCAUUCAAAAUAAUACAUUCGGAAAAAAAUUUGUUUAAAUAUUAAAACAUUUAAUCCGAUACGUGCAAGUAAACAUUGGGUUGAUUUAAUUAUUUAGUUACACUAAAAAGGUAUAGUUUAUUAUUCAUUUAACUAUUACAGUUUUUAAAGAAUUAACUAAACCAACUCAAUAUUUAUUUUAAUUGAACGUAUCAAACUAAAUGUUUUAGUGCUUCGACAAAUUUGUCUUUCAGUGUGUUAUACUUUCGCGACAUUUAUUAUCGUUUUUAUCUCACGUUUCAAAUUAAUUCUAAACUCAACGGGCUUGGGAUUGUUACAAUUAGAUUUCUUUUUUUUAUAUUAAUUAUUAAUGAUUCAUUAUCAAAACGUUGUCAAACGUUCGUAAAGUUUAUUCUCACGAGGCAACAUCAUUACAUUGUCGUGCCUGAAAAAUAAAACGUCGAAACUGCACAGAAUCGUGGUUUUCAUCUCGCUCGCAAGUGCAAUGUCCGAUGUGCCUUGCAUAGCAAUUUCCCGUACAAAUGCAAGCACAAUCACAUGCUCCAUGGGGUCGGCUUACUUUCAUCCGGUAACCUUUGCGUUCUCCAUGGUGUUGCAAUUGAGAAUCCCACGAUACCGAAGGAAAUGUGGGAUACGCCCGAUAUACAUAUAUUUGCACGAGAAACGCUGUACUAGACGUACAACGUAUUCAAUCAUACAUCUUGAUUUAAC